GCGUGCACUCUUAUACGUCCCCCGGCCGCGGCCGCCACCUAGUAUGCCGGCGAUUCAUGGUCACGCGCAGUAGUUACACUUCUGCUCUAUCUGGCUCGCGUCGUAAUCCAUGGAUCAUACCAUCUCCAAGCGCGCCACGGAGAGCCAGUGCAACAAUGCCGACGGGCAGCCGCCACCGCUGCUCGACUCGCCGCUCCCCACGCCUCGCCGGUCGUGCACCUCUGUCGACGCGUUACGAAUUCGCUGCCGCCGCGACGCAUCGCCGCUGCGGACGCAUGUGCCGUUCUCCUGGGAGAGCUCCCCGGGCGUGCCAAAGAACAGCGGGUGCGGCAGGGACACGCACAAGAAGGCGCAAGCGAUGCCGCCGCCGAGGCCGCCGCCCGGGCGCCUACGACAGCCGUACCUCGCCAGGAACUUGUACUACGGAAACACGAGCGAGGCGAGCAGCGACGACGACGACGACAACAGGUCCUUCUCCGACACACUGGACAGGAUCUCCUCGCCCGAGCGGACCGGGUCGUUCGACCGGGUCACGUCGAAGCGCUUCGAGGACAUCUUCGUCGGCCGCGCCACGAGCUUUGCCAAGGACCGGACCCAACACCCCGGCGUGGAAGCCACCGACUUGGCGGCCUCGGGCGGGCAUCCGAGGCAACCGCGUCGGGACAGCACGCGCCGCAGCCACGAUGAGGACCGUCGGUGGGUGCCUAGGCUCCUCAACGACAGCGUCCCCAUGCAGCUGAUGCAGCGGAUCAAAAUGGAUGCGGACGCCGAGGAGAUGACCCCAAGAGCCUGUGGCCUCAUGAUGUUCUUCCCCUGGAGCGCAAAGCCGGUGGUCUACGGCUUCAGGAACCCGGCGGCGCAGCACGCAACAACGACGACGACGACUCACGCCGGAGCCGAUGUGCCUUCACCUUCGCACAGUCGCAGGGUCACCACCACCACCCUACGCGAUGUCAUUAAGCAAGAUAGCCAAGCCGUUAGCAGCGACAUGCCGCAGCCGCGCGGAGAAAAGAAGAGGGGCCGCAACGACUUGCCGAGCCGUCGAUGGGGCGUGUCGUCGUUGCUUGACACGAGCAAGAAGUACUGCACUGACGCCCGGAAGGCUCUGAGCAAGCUCUCCAUCGGACUAGGAGCGGACGGCGGCAGCCCCAGGGUGAACAGGAGUGGCAAGCUGCAUGAUGGUUUCUCGUCAACGCCGGCGACGCCCGCAAAGUUGACGCAGCUGAAGGCUAACAGAAACUGAGGUGGCUUGAGUGCAGAAAUUCUCUGCACAUAUAGGUAUGCACAUUCUAUGAUCUGAUGUCCUGAUAGAUCGAAUAAAAUAAAGAGUAUACUGUAUAUUUUGUGACGUCUACUGGGUAAUCCUGUUACUGUUGGCGUAAUGUGCACAAACUGUCAUUUGAGCCUGUUAUUAGUUCUCCGAUCAUAAACAAAUGUAAGAAAUACAACGUUCCUCUCUUGUACAGUACAUGGUCAUUGAUAUAAUGAGAUCAACGCGUGGUAGGCCAGAACAAGUA